AGAGUCCGUUCAGAUCCAGUACGACCCCAAACAGACAUCCUACGCCGACCUUCUCAAGAUCUUCUGGCAGAACCACGACCCCUCCGCCUGCGUCUCUCGCCAGUACAUGUCCGCCAUCUUCUACCACGAUGAGAACCAGAAGGCCCUCGCGGAAGAAACCAUGCAGAAAGAGUCCGGGGGCCGUAAACGGCCCAUCCAGACGAAGAUUGUUGCAGCCGAGCGUUUCUAUGACGCUGAAGACUACCACCAGAAGUACCUCCUCCGCCAGCAGCGAGGCCUCUUCAACAGCCUGCAGCUGUCCCAGAAGGAAGUCAUCAACUCUCACAUCGCCGCGCGGCUCAACGGUUACGUCGGGGGGUACGGGAGCCCCAACAAGUUUGAGAAGGAGCUGCCCAACUUCGGGCUCAGCGUCGAGCAGGCCAGCUAUCUGAACCAGCUGAUUGGGCGCGGCCCGAUGAGUUAGACUUUGGUUAGGGAAGGCCGUGAAAGUUAAGCCUAUUUUGCAGACUUCAAGCGAAGCUGGCUUUCGUUUUAUGGGUGGCGCUGGUUCGCAAGUUUCAACUUAGCCUGGUAUCCAGCCGUAUUAUAGCUCCCAAAUCUCUUCUGUCCUCUCUACAAACACUUGUAGAAUCGGAAGCUUUAAUAUGGCUGGAUACCAGGCUAGUUUCAACGCUGGCUAAGGUUCUCUUAUGCUUAGAAAGGGAGUUUUGGAGAGGAAGGCAGUUUUGCAACACCCCCAACCCUAAAGUAAAAGCCAGUUCUGCUGAAAGUCUGCAAAGGAGGCUAAUGAAAGUUAGAGGAAAUGCAUUUUAGUAUCAAAAAGGACUUUACAAGAUGAAGAAAGUCAGUCAACAUGUAGUUGUGAUGAAGAGAUUUAAUGUUACUGAUUUGAUAAGCUGCAAAAUUACAAAAAUUUGUCUUUAAGUUUUAAAAUGAGCCAUAGGAAAGCCGGAUUUGAUUAGUAACUAUCAAAAAGCAUUACUUGGAGUCGCACCUGAUUUACUAUACUGUUAUGCUAUUCUUGCACUGUACAGCACAUAACUUUGUGUGCAGGUGAAACAUUGAUCUAAUGGUACAUCACAAAUUGACAAAAUCUCGUCAAAGCAUGUUCCUUUGCCAUCUAUAGACGCUAUUCCCUUUUUAUCGUGUACAUGUAAUUUCUUGUGAUAUUUUCUUGUGUCUAUCACCUUUACUUCAUCUUGAAUUUUGCAAUUACGCUGCUAGUUUCAAUUUUUGGUGAUCAGGCUGAAAUUUUAGUAUGCUGCAAUGAGACGGAAGUUUUAAUUUGUUUAGUCUUUAGGCAACGAAGUUGAAGACGAUGAAGGCAAGUGUCUAUGAAAGAAACAAUGGAUAGUAUAGGAUAGUACUGAUACCUAUACAGUUGCCUUACAUAUGAAACAUUAUGUAUUGCCAACUAUACCUUAAGUCACUUUACCUCUGUAAUUUUUAUUUGUGAUCAUUGCACCCUGAAAUGUGUAAAAUUGUCUCCAAAAAGUGUAUAACUACAUGCCACCCUCCUUUGAUACAACACCAGAGCAAUGCUGAGAACCACUGGGGUCGUGUUUUCAGCAACGCUACUACAAGGCAGAGUCUCCAUCCUAUAUUGUUCGCUUCCCCUGCUGUACAUAGCUGCUGUACUCAUGACGUUCUGGGGCGAAAAAUUGUGUCCUAGAACCGAGAAAAGUGCCAAUCAGCAGCGUUGCACAGCAGGGGGAUGGUGUAACAGUAGGGUUGGGGGGUCUGCCGAGGGUAUGGCAUGUAUGCGUUAGAAGUGAAAGGUGAAUAAAUUACUGUAUAUUGUUACUUUG